GCCAAAAUUGUAAGAAAAAAAAGAUUUUGACUGAAUUCUAUUUCAGGUGAAAGUAGGAACAGCUUGCUUUCUGCUCUCUUUGGAAGAUAACACCAAUGAAGGAAAGAAAACUUGUUCGGCUUUCUUAAAAAGAUGGUCCAGCUAUGUUCAGUCAACCACAUCAGAUUCAGAGGACAAUAUGCCAAGUAGUGAUGAUUCCUUCACUGAGUCUUUAACUGAUGUGCCAGACCUUUCUUUGGAUGAUGGAGUUGAGACGUUGAUAAAGGCACGUGAUUCUUCUACGAAAGACACUAAUGAGAAUGAAGCACAAAAGAUGUUUUUGGGAAUAUUUGAUGUCCACAUUGAAAAUCUCAUCCCACCUUCGCCAAAAAGAGCAUCAAGACUGCUGGACCUUGAACACGUGAAGUUUUUAAUGGACUCUUUUCAAAGUGGAGUUUUUCAACAACUUACAAUACUGGUAGGAAUGGUCCCUGACGAUUGUGACCCGUCGAUAUUAAAGAUGAAAGAUUCUGCUUUGUUGCCAGACACUCGUGUCUCUAAAUUUGGAGAAUUUUGAUGACGAGGGAUCUGAGGUGACACGAUUUAUGUCACCUUUGCCAAAGAAAGAUGGGGUGGCAUCUAGAACUAAAUUCGUUGCACGUUGGAAUUCACUUGUGUGUUCUCCACCACCACAAAGUCCAUCUGACUCUGAGGUUUCCAGUGAGUCCGAGAGCGCUUGCACAACUGAUAGUCAUGCAGAAUCUACAACAGAUUCAACUGAUGACUCUGGUUUUGAUGGUGUUGCUGAGAGUAAGAAAACAUCAUGCAUCGGUCUUUCAGGUGUGCAUGACAAGAUUAUGAAGGACCAUUUUAUAGGAAAAAUUGAUGUCCAUGUGCAAAACCUGAUCCCGCCGCAUCCUUCAAGAGCAGUGCGUGUGAUCAACCAUGAUCAUGUCAGCUUUUUGACGGAUUCCUUUGUAUCGAACCCCAUUGGGCAGAUUGUAACGCUUGUUCGAAUGGUGGGCCCAGAAGAUGACACCAGCCAUUUAGAUCGUGAAGGUGGAAGCAAGGUUGAAGUCCUGGGUGGCAACCACACGCGGGAGGCGCUGCAUACCCUGCAUGCUUGUGGGACCCUGGACAGGGAGACAGUGCAGGUGAACCUGUACAGGGAACUGCCCCAGACAACAGCCCUGUCCAUAGGAUUCCAGCACAAUGCGGUGCUUCAAGAGGGUCGAAAGCUCACUAACAUUCCUGGACAAAGUGCGGCUCAUGCGACAUUGUCGUCCGUCGGACCAUAUGACGAAGAGGCAGAUUAAUGAGUGGAAGGAUGGUCUGGUCGUUGUAUUCAGGAGCAAGCGCGGGAAGACCUCAGCCGAGGAUAGAAGGCGCCUGUCAGCUGGCUACCAACAACAUUUGAACCUAGCCCAGCUUCCUGAAGAUGUCUGGUCCAUGUUUGUGCAGGCCAGUGACAAAAAUGAAAAUCUGUCAGGGAAGU